AAAAAAAACAAGGAAGAGAUGCGAACAAGGAAGUGAUCCAGGACCUUCAGAGGCAUGAGAUUCCUCCAGUAAAGUGCUUUGCUGCGGUUUGUGCGCGUCUCUUCUGAAGCGUGGUUGAACCGUAAUGGCUCGGAGCUUCCCGACGGUCGGUGCGGAGAGCCGGGAGGAGAUUCACCGGACUUAACGGGACGGACGGGAGAGGAGCUGCUGUUUUGACAGCUGGGAUUAUCCUCCACUGUCCCUCUGUCUGCCUCAGAGAGACAAUCCGAACUGAGCUGAGGUAACAACUUCAAGGAGAGGAAUCCACUUCAUGCUGAGGGGAACCUGACGGGCUGACGGUAAAGGAAAAGGUUCCCACCAUGGCUUCAGCCCGGCUAAAGUACCUCUCCCUGGGCGUGCUGGUAUUCCAGACCACCUCGCUGGUGCUCACGAUGCGGUACUCCCGCACCCUCCAGGCCGAGGGCCCGCGGUACCUGGCGUCCUCGGCCGUGGUGGUGGCCGAGGUCAUGAAGAUCCUCGCCUGUGUGGUGCUGGUUUUCAAGGAGCACAGUUACAGCAUGCGAGCUCUGAACAGUAUCCUGCGUCAGGAAAUCCUCCAUAAACCUGUGGAGACGCUGAAGCUGGCCAUCCCCUCGGGGAUCUACACGCUGCAGAACAACCUGCUGUACGUCGCGCUGUCCAACCUGGACGCCGCCACAUAUCAGGUGACGUACCAACUGAAGAUCCUGACCACGGCCCUGUUCUCUGUCUCCAUGCUUGGGCGCAGGCUGGGGGUCUAUCAGUGGCUCUCCUUGCUGAUCCUGAUGGCCGGAGUGGCUCUUGUGCAGUGGCCCUCUGAGUCUGCGGCGGCCCCAGAGAAGGAGGCCCGCUCCGCAGGCUCCCAGUUCGUCGGGGUCACGGCGGUCCUGGUGGCGUGCUGCUCCAGCGGCUUUGCCGGCGUCUACUUUGAGAAGAUCCUGAAGGAGAGCAAACAGAGCGUGUGGAUCCGCAACAUCCAGCUCGGAAUGUUCGGCUUUGUGUUUGGCCUCUUUGGCAUGCUAGCAUACGACGGGGAGCGGGUGAGAGAGUCGGGGAUGUUUCAGGGAUACAACACGAUCACCUGGACGGUCGUAGCCCUGCAGGCGCUGGGUGGUCUGGUCAUAGCAGCGGUCAUCAAGUAUGCAGACAACAUCCUAAAAGGUUUCGCCACGUCACUCUCCAUCAUCCUGUCCACUCUUAUAUCCUACUUCCUGCUGCAGGACUUUGACCCCUCAAGCGUGUUCUUCCUCGGGGCAGUUUUGGUCAUCACCGCCACUUUCCUGUACGGCUACGAAGGCAAGCCGUCCGCCAACCCCAGCAGGGCUUAAGCUGACUCUACGGCGGCUUCAGGAGGUCCAGUUGAAGCCUCAAGAUGGCGGAGAGGAGGAAGGACAGACGAGAGCGCUGAGGGGACAGAAAAAAGGAGGGAUGAAGGGGGAGGGGGAGGAGGUCUUCAUCACAUAUUGUGAGAAGAGGACAGUAUUGCAAGCACAACACUGUGGUUGGUCUCACACCGAAAGUGCCUCACUUCUGAAGGAGAAGCGAUUUUUUUCUUGGGGGGGACGGGGGAAGGAGAAAACACAAGAGUGUGUGUGUUUUUUUUCCUUUCCUCUCUUUACUGUGGCAGAGAUGUCCUGGCUGCCACGUCUACAGGAAAAGGAUGGACUGAUAGAGUUCAUGAAGGACCAGUUUGACAACCAGUAACCGUUUACUGCCACGCUGGUCACGCCCAUGCAGUAAAUGAUUGCAGAGGAAGAGAGCGCCUCUACAGCCAUAGUAUUUAUUGCUCUUUUUGUCCAUUUUAAGCAAACAUUACAACCUGAUGUGAGAUGCUAACAGAUCGCUGAACUCAAACAGGUCAAUAACUCUGGCAUGAAAGGGUCCAGUGUAGCUCAGGUGUUACACGCCCUUCACACACACUUGAACUGUAGUGGCCUGCACACUUUAUGGCACCCCUAAUGAAGAUGGGGAGGGGGGGGAGGCUCAACUUGAAUUAGGCUGUUAUUGCUGAAGUAUAAAUUCUCCCUGAGCAUUUUUUUUUUUUUUUUUAGAAAAUCUAACCUUUAAUUUAAGCUCAUUUAUCCCACAUUGCAACAGAAGCAGUUUUUUUUUCUUCCUGUUUCCCUGACAUUUAAAUAUGACUCUUCAAAUUGGGAAACGCUGAGGAACAUGCCGUUUACUGAAGACGGAUGUGGAUUCUUCUUCAUUCCCUACUGAAAUGCUACA